AUGUUGAAACAAACAAAAUCUAGGAGUGUAGCGCAAGGAAUUAAGGCUAAACAUCCUCGUUCGAAGAGAAAUCGAGAUGUAAAUGUGGAAGAAAUACGAGAGACAGCGUAUCGUGCAAGCCUAAAUGGCAUAAAGACAUUGAUUGAGGAGCUGAAUUUGAGCGAUGAUCACAAGAAAAUCAUGAAGAAAACUCCAUUCUGGAAGAUUUUCAAGUCCAUUAUUAAGAACAAGUUGACAUCCGCUCAUUGUCGAAAAAGCGACAAAAUGAUUAUCGGGAUCAUCAAUGCAUAUGAUCCUGACGUUGGUGGGUUUAAAUUGGGAGGCAAGACUCUUAGGAUAACACGGGACGACAUAUUUAGUAUAUUUGGCAUAACAGGGGGUUCUGAAAAGGUCAGUUUCAAGUAUGGAUCCAGAGAAGGCGUUGAAAUGGUGAGAAGAGGUUAUAUCGAAGCAAAACGUUUAUCGAGUUCUUCGCUAAAGGAACUUGUGAAACAGUAUGCUGUUAGAAACAACAAGGCCAGAAGACUGGAUUUUGUACGGCUAUUGUGUGCCUACCUGUUACAUAGUCUUUUUUUCCCCGUCAGGACAACUGUGAAAUGGGUAUAUUUGGAACAUGUUGAGGACUUGGCACGGUUACGAAACUAUGAUUGGUGUGGGGCGGUUCUGGAUGAACUUAUGACGUCAAUAAGACAGCAUCAUGACGACCCACGAAGGGUGUCAAGGUGUGUCGUGGUUCUUCUGUACUGGCUAUGCGAGCACACCAAUCUGGUGAAGCCCCUCAAUCCCGAAGAAUCACUCGGUAUAAUUAAGUGGAGGACGAUGGAUUUGGUAAAUGUGUGUAGGGAAAUAGCACUCAAUGACCUUGAAUCUGAUCAAGUGGUUUCACGGCAACAAAAGGAUCAUGACCCACAUUCAACAAAAGGAUCAUGA